AUGGAAGCCAUGCCACAACCUCCACAACAAGCAGCAGCAGCAGGGGCCCGGUUCACUCUGCUGAAGCAGUCGUCGCUCGCACCGGACCGGGAGGAUUCGGUGACGCUGGAGCCGGUUGACCCGAAUGUGAGGCUGAUGUACAUGGCCAACGAGGGCGACUUGGACGCCAUUGAAGAGCUCUUGGACUCCGGAACCAAUGUCAAUUUCAGAGACAUUGAUGACCGCACCGCUCUCCACAUCGCCGCCUGCCAGGGCCGAACCGACGUCGUUCAGUUGUUGCUCAACAGAGGCGCCGAGUUAGACCCACAAGACCGCUGGGGCAGCACUCCUCUUGCAGAUGCAAUGUAUUACAAGAACGAUGAUGUGAUCAAACUUUUAGAGGAGCAUGGCGCUAAACCUCCGAUGGCUCCCAUGCAUGUCCAAAACGCACGUGAAGUCCCAGAAUAUGAAAUUGAUCCUACUGAGCUUGAUUUCUCCAACAGUGUUGAUAUAACUAAGGGAACCUAUCGCAUUGCAUCUUGGCGCGGAAUUCAAGUUGCAGUUAAAACGCUCGGGGAGAAAGUAUUCUCUGAUGAAGAUAAAGUAAAUGCAUUCAGGGAUGAGCUUGCUUUACUUCAGAAGAUGCGACAUCCAAAUGUUGUCCAAUUUUUGGGUGCUGUAACACAAAGCAGUCCAAUGAUGAUUGUCACAGAAUAUCUACCCAAGGGAGAUUUUCAUGCAUAUCUUAAAAGGAAAGGUGCGUUAAAGCCAACAGCAGCAGUAAAGUUUUCACUUGACAUUGCUAGGGGGAUGAAUUAUCUUCAUGAGCAUAAACCUGAAGCAAUAAUUCAUCGAGAUCUUGAGCCCGCAAACAUAUUGCGGGAUGAUUCUGGGCAUCUGAAAGUUGCAGACUUUGGGUUGAGCAAGCUACUGAAAGUUGCAAAUACAGUUAAAGAGGAUAGACCUGUGACUAGUCAAGACACUUCUUGGAGAUAUGUGGCUCCUGAGGUUUACAGAAAUGAAGAAUAUGAUACCAAAGUGGAUGUUUUUUCAUUUGCUUUGAUCUUGCAAGAGAUGAUUGAAGGUUGUCUACCAUUUUCUACAAAGCCAGAAAAGGAAGUUCCUAAGGCAUAUGUUGCAAAUGAGCGCCCACCAUUUAGAGCUCCACCAAAGUAUUAUGCACAUGGAUUGAAGGAGUUAAUUGAGGAAUGUUGGAGUCAGGAUCCGUUCAAGAGACCAACAUUCAGGCAAAUAAUUAAGAGGUUGGAUGACAUUAAUACCCAGUUUGCUCGAAAAAGACGCUGGAAGGUUAUGCCACUUAAAUGUCUCCAGAAUCUCGAGGCCAUGUUGAAGAAGGAUCGUACAUGCCCAAGCAGCCGUUCAUCUACCCAGUCUACAGUGGUGGUGGUAGGGAUGGCGCUUGUGGAGGUGGUGGUAGUGACAGCAUGGUGGUGGAGGUGGCAGCAUGGUGGUGGUGGUGGUGUUGGUUGUGGAGGUGGUGGUGGAUGUGGAGGUUUUGAAGGAGGCGGUGGUUGUGGUGGUGGUGAUGGUGGUUGUGGUGGAGGUGGAGGUGGAGGUGAAGGUGGAGUUGGUGGUGGUGGUGGCGAUGGCGAUGGCGAUGGCGAUGGCGGUGGUUGUGGAGGUAGUGAAUGUGGUGGUGUAAGUGGUGGAGUUGGAUGUGGAAGUGGAGGUGGUGUUAUUUUUUAA